AUCCACGAGAAAAUUCGAGAACUCGAAUCGCUUAAAAACAACUUUAUUGUAUCAUAAAUAUAACAAAUCGUUCAUUUUCUAUCCUUUUCGCUAUUUACAUAGAUAUUUUGAUAAUUAAAGACGAAAAAGAAAAUGAGCCGAUAUUUUUCUUCAAUAUUAUACGUUUAUUCGUAUUUACCUUUCCCGUAUUCGUAUCUCCGAGAGAUACUCUGUAUCUCUGAUAGGGAAAGGCUGUGCCUUGCUUUUGCGCACAGCUAAAUUUUCUUAUUUCGAACGACUCGUAAGAUGGCGCUCCAUAUCUAAACGUCAUGGGAACUGUCAAUUCUCGUAUCUACCAGUCCAAACCGCAAAUGUCAAAUCAACGAAAAUAAACAGUAACAUUUUUUGUACUUUUAUUUCCUGUAAAUGGAUCUAAAGACAAUCUUCUUAAUGUGAUUUUUAUGUACUUUAUGUACUUGAUAUUGAAGAAAAAAUGUCAGACGAAGAAGAUACCGCAAUAUUGUUAAACAGUGCAAAUAAAACCAUUGAAACAUCUAUAAACAAGAUUUCAAAUGAUUAUCAGUGUUUACCACCAAAAAAUUUAAGGAAACCGCUUCCAAAACAGAAUGAUAACUUAACACCGUUAACAUCAGGAAAUAAAAGUAUUUUUGUUUCUAUGGUAGCAAUUUUAGCAGGCAUAGCUUUUGGAAGCGAUAUGGGUAUUGCAAAACCUAUAGCUCCUCUGAUCAAACAUGAAUUUAAUUUAAACUGUUUCGAAAAAGAUUUUGUUAUAAGUAUUUGGUUUGUUGGAGCUCUUGUUGGUGGUUUAACUGGUGGCUUUCUAAUCGAUUCAUUUGGUCGACGUUGGACAAUGAUAUCAACGUUAGUUUUUCUAACUUUUGGCGCCACGUUAUCAGCUUUGGCGAAUCAUUACAUUUUAUUACUUGUUGCUCGAAUAAUUUGCGGAUAUUCUGGAUCUGUUUCGGCAGUAGCUCACUGCAUAUACAUGGCGGAAGUAUCCGAACCAAAUAAACGUGGAUAUAAUAUAAUGUUGUAUCAAUUGGGCACAGCUACUGGAUUUUUAAUUUCUGUCAUUGCUGCUGCUAUAAAAAAUAUAGAUUAUCAGUGGCGAUUCUCCAUUGGCAUAACAGCCGUUCCCGCUUUAGCUGCUUGUAUCAUAACCAUUAUAUUUCUUCAACGAUCUCCGCCGUUUUUACUUUAUAAAAGAAUGGCAAAUGUUUCAAAGACAUCGUCGAAGAAAGCUUGGUACGCAAUCUUUGAGACUUUAACUAUCAUGGCUCUUUUACUGGUAUUACAACAAGGUACUGGUAAACGACAAGUCCUAUAUUAUGCACCAAGAUUGUUCGCGUUAUUAGGCAUUUGUUCUAAUGUUGCAGAAGUCACAGCUUUAAUAUCACUCGGAAUUGUGAAGGUGUUUAGUACGAUGCUAUCUCUGGUUAUAGUGGAAAAAUGUGGACGUCGAACAGCUUUAAUUACAUCGGCAACUAUUUGCAUGACGACAAUAUCAUUAUUAUCUUUGCUUGCUACGAUAGAUAGGGGUGACGAUAAUUUAGAUAUUGCAAAUAAUCAUUGCAAAAAUUAUCAUAAUGACGAAAUGAAAAUUCACACCGUUUUACCUACUGGAUCACCGCCGCCGUUUCCUUUACUACCGACUCCUUUAGCUAUUACCGCACCCAGUCCAGAAACAUGGACACAAAUUAAAGCGUCUUGCGAAACACAAAAUAUUGCUGUUUCCGAGGGUUUAACUGGUGGUUUACGUAUCUUAGCAGUAAUAACAUUACUUGUAUACGAAGCGGCAUAUGCUUUAGGACUUGGAUCAGUACCACUUUUAAAUUUUACAGAGGUUUUUCCUGCAGCGGUUCGAGGAAAAUGUGUUAGUUUUGUUUCCAUUGUAAUAUGGAUAACGCAUAUUAUUGCCACGGAAUCCGUCAGUGCUAUGACCAAAUCAUUAACGUUAGCCGGAUCUUAUUUAUUUUAUAGUUUUAUGUGUCUCGUUACUAUAUUUUAUGUUUUUCUAUUUAUUCCCGAAACAAAGGGCAAGUCUCUGCAUCAGAUUGCCCAAGAAUUACGGAAAAUUUCUCUUGGAACCCGGAUAUGUAAUAAUUUACGUAGUUUACCACUCAUUUGUCAUAGUCAAUGGAUAAAGAAAUAUGACGGUAAUGUAAGUAACGGGCAAAGUACCCUAAUUUGAAAGUAAAAUCCCGACGGUAAGAAAUAUUG